UAUGAUAAAAUCCUUUUCUUUUCUGUUGAAUAAUAAUUGUUGUUAUUAGAUUUCAAAUUCAGUAGGAGAGAGAAAAUUCAAUAGCUCCAAGAAGAUAAUAAUCAAACACAUAGACACACAUACACACACAAAAACAACUACCAAUGAUUUGGGCUUUGUUUAUGCACACAAACCAGAACUAGGACCAGUCCAAUUGGGAUUGAAAAUAAGGUAGCCCAGAUAAAAUGAAAACAGCCUCGCAACCAGGAGGAGGAGCUGACCAAGUAAGGAGGGCCCAGUGAUAACGUGGCACGAUCAAGCUGGGAUGUUAGCUUCCGUGGGGUGGGGCCCCAUCCUCUUCCCAUGCUACUAACUUCACCAAGAAGAGCUCUUUUUCUUUUCCUUUCCCCUUAAAAAAAUAACAAAACCAAAAAAUUUUACAAAACUUCACUAUUUUUACAAAACAAGGAGAGAAGCCACUCAAAAAGGAAAAAACCAUGAUUCAAUUUUCCCUCUGUUAACAAACUGUUUGACGGAUGACGAGAAGAAAAACCCAAAAGGCAAAAAUAAGAUUAAAAAAAGAAAAAAAACGCACGCGCCCAAACGUGUUUCUUACACAACCAGGCCAGUGAGAUGCUCUCCACAGGUGUUUCAAGUUUAAAAUCUCAAUUUCCCUUAAAAAGUUUGAGUGUUCCACUUUUAGCUAAUUUUAAAAUAUAUAUAUAUGGCAUCAUCUCAUAUCAAUACUCACACUAAAGCAGCCAAAAUGGAGCAAGUUAUCACUGAAUUCUUCUAUAAAAGUCUUCUUAUAAUACUUGAAUCGAGGUCUCCUUAUGUGUCAUCACGUAAUUAUAGUGGUGAACAAAUUGUGUUGUCUCCGUCUUCAUCCUCAUCGUCUUCGUCAAGUGUGAGACCUAGAGAUAAAUGGUUCAAUUUAGCUCUUAGGGAGUGCCCUUCAGCACUAGAAAAUCUUGAUCUUUAUCGCCAGAGUAAUUUUGACCUGGUAGUGGUUGAUGUUAUAUUGGAGCAGAAGCCACUUGAUUGGGAACCUCUGACUGUUUCCCCCAAAAGGGAUCUUGUUAGGAAUUUGUCCUCAAAAGAUAAGAAUUCAUUUUGCUGGAAUUCUGAUCAAGAAGAAUUAGGCACUGAGACAAAAAAUGAAAAGAUUAUAGAAAGAUGGUUUGUUCAGCAUGAAAGUAGAAAGGGCAGGGAUAGUAGUUCAGGGAGUAGAAGGUCAAGUAGUAAUAAUUUGAGUAUGUUAUAUAAGAAAUUGAUAUUGCUGUUGAGGUCCUUAUAUGUGACUGUUAGGCUUUUACCUGCAUACAAGAUUUUUCGUGAUCUCAAUUCUACUGGUCAAAUUUGUGCCUUUAAGCUUGUUCCCAGAGUAUAUUCUUUUGUUGAACCCUUCACUCCUAAAGAAGAGGCAGAAAUGCAACGAUUUUGGUUCACCCCAGUGGACACUUCUUGUGGAAGGCUUUGCCUUUCAGUUUUGUACGGUUCUUCAAUUUCAGAUAUAAGCUCUAAGCCAUCAACCCCUAUGACCCCUCAAUUUAUACCAGAUUAUGUUGGAAGCCCUUUGGCAGACCCACUGAGGAGAUUUCCCUCUCUACCUGUGUCGCAUGGCUCUCCAUCAUCUUUGCCAUUCUCAAGAAGACAUAGUUGGAGUUAUGACCAUUACAAGCCUUCACCGCCUUUGGUUUCUUUCUCACCAUCACCAACACAUUCAGAAUCGCAUGCUUCAAUUUCUAACCCAAGCUCUCGGCAUUUGCCACCUAUGAGUUUACCUCGUCAUCCUCAUGAGGCAUCACUAGCUCAUAAGAAGAAUACAAACUUUGAUGAGUAUUGUCCUUCCCCCAAUUUCUCCGCUUCCCCUUCCCCCUCCCCCUUACCAUCACCCCCCAUCCACUUUCCUGGAAGUCAUAUGUCAAAAGCUCUUUUACGUUCUGAAAGUGCUCCUGUUAACAUACCUGCUCCUAUUGCUAAUUUCCCGGCAUUGUCCUGCCAGAGAAAUUUGCCACCAUCGCCUACCCAUAAAAUUACAAGAGCUGGUACUUCUAGGACUGAUAAUAAUAUGGGUCCAGUUCAAACUGGUGCAACUAUUGAGAAGCUGUUCUCUUUCGGAAAAGAAGACUGUCAGAAAUAUUCUGGAGUGAAGGUCUCUUCCAACAGUUCACCACGAAUUUCAUUUUCCAGAAGUUCCAGUAGGUCUUUACAAGAUGAUUUUGAUGACUCUGAGUUUCCUUGUCCAUUUGAUGUGGAGGAUGAUGAUAUGGCAGACCCUGGUUGCAGACCCGAGUCUUAUGAUAGAAGAGCACAUCCGUCUGAUCCAAAUGAGGCAGGACUGUUUAUGAAUAGAAAAUCCCAAGUUGCUGCAGUUGGUGCUCUUGUACGUAUGCUGAAGAAAGCGCCUCCUCUUCGCCAAGACAUCUCCAGUUCAAUUAAUUUUUCAGAAGCCUCCAGGCCAGAAAUGUGGAGCAACAGCAUGCAAGAGCAAAACCAGAUCUCAGAGGCUGUAACUGUUGAACAUGCUGCUUCUUCAAGUAUUGCAUCUUCUAGGCUUGUUGCAUCAAAGACAACGGCUGAUGCAUUAGAGGAACUUCGAGGUUACAAAGAAGUGAAAAACCUGUUGCUUGGUGAAGGUAGUAAGUCGUGCACCUCUGCCAAUUAUGCCUCUGGAGCUGAACAUUCCAGCCAAGGUCCAAGAGAAUUAUGAACUUCCACAAUAUUGGUAUAUUUGCACAUAUGUACAGUGCUGUGGUUCGAGGAGAUCUAUACAUGCUUUACUGCUGAAGCCAAUUGCCCCCUUAUGUGUAAAUUAAAGUAUAUAUGAUACAAGUUUUUGGAUAAGAUUUAUACUCCAACAGAAGUGUCAUCUGUUGGCCUGGAAGACUUUGUAAAAUGAACUUUUUUUUUUCUCUAAUCCUACAUUAGUGUAUAUAACUUCUAGAUGUUGGCUUAGAGCGACGCAUACAAACAUACAGGCUACAUAUGUACAUGGUAGUACAACAAACAUACUAUUAUCUUUUACUUGCUCACUGAUGCUGUCGUCCAUAUUAUUUCCCUCCUUUCAUUUGUUUUUCUCCACCAUAUAUAGAUUUCCGGCAGGAUGCUUUAGCCUUUUGUGAAUUCCAUGCACAACAUAUUGCACCUUUGAAUGUCAGUCCAUAACGGAACUGUAAUUGCCCGACUGU